CACCGAGCCACCUCCGCCAUGUCGGGGGGAGGCACCGCCGACUGCGGAUUGCAGAAGUUAUUUGUGAAGCCAUUUCAGGAUGAGCUGCAGGAAGCAAUUUCUGAUUAUGCAACAAGGAAGGAAAGAGAUGAAUAUUCAGAUGAUUUUGAAAGUGAUGAAGAUGGCAUGUUAAAUGAUAUUAGGAAAAAGCUUACUGAAAGUAAUUCGGGUUCUGCAAGCUCUGAGAGAUCCGUUGCUGGGAGUCCUCUCUUGAAUGAUGAUGCUUUACAAAAAGCAGUAGAUUUGGAAAAUGAAGCUGCUGAUGACUUGAAUUUAUCCUUUUAUGAAAAGAAGCUUCAUCAAAUAAUGGUUUUAGAAGGUGAAAGCAUGCAGAAUGACAGAAAAGAUGGUGAAGAAGAAUGUUUGGAAGGUCAAAAUGAGGAUAAUGACAGAAAAAAUAAUGAAGAAGUACUGCAUUAUAGCGAAAGUGAUUACUUGCCUAUUGAUGAACCAAAUAAAAAAAGAAAUCAAGAGGAAAACCAACAAAAAGGAAAGCCUCAGAUGCACAAAAAAGUAAAUGCUUCGUCAUCAGAUCGAGAUCAGAAGAUUGUUAGCACCAGUGACUCGAAACUGGAGGGGAAUGGGAAUGGUAGGAAAUCCCUUUCUGUUGACUGUUCAGAUGGAAUGAUGGAAAUAACAGAAGGGCAGAUAAUAACUGAAACAAUGCAGGAGGUGGCAGUGAAUGAUCCAUCUGAGCAUGGGGAGUCAAAGAACACAUCCGAGAACUCUGUCAAGAAACUAAGUGAAACAAAGGAGAGAGUUCUACAAAACCCAAAGACUUCUUUAUCUGACAGGUCUACAUCUUUUGUGCGUUUAAAGAGAAAAGGGAAAGCUGUUCCAUCAACUUCACCUGUUUCAUCUCAGUAUCUGGGAUCAUUAAAGGUGUUAGAGGAUAAAUGCAUGCAGAAGAAAAGUCCAGAAUUCAGCAAAGUAGAUAACUUAAGGGCAGCUGUUUUUCAGAACUGGUUGGAAAAGAAAAAGCUCCUUCUACUGGAAUUAAAGAGAAAUGAAAAGGAGAAAGCUGAAAUUCUAAGGAAGAAUACUGAACAGAAAGAAGCACUUAAAAGAGAAGAAUCAAUUGCAUGUUAUGAAGCCUGGAAAAAAAAGAAAGAGAAGGAAGCAAAGAAGUUAAGUGAAAAAAAAAAGCUUGAGGCACUUGAGGAAAACAAGCCAGCAGAACAGAAUAAGGAAAAAGCAGAAGCUGCACAAGCGGCAUUCAAAAAAUGGAAAGAAAGAAAAGUGGAAUAUUUAAGAGAGCAAAGCAAGAAGGAAAAACAGUCUGAAAGAUUGAGGAAGAAGAUAGAAGAGGACCUGGUUGCAGAGAAGAGGAGAGUCAGUGUAUCAGCAGUUGAAAAAUGGAAUGAAAAGAAGGAAGAAUAUAUAAAGAAGAAGAGAAUAGACAUAUUCAUAGAGAAAAGAAAGCGAGAAAUGCAACAGGCAAAGAAGGAAGAAAGAAGUGAAAAGGCUAUGGAGGAAUAUGAAAGAUGGCUGGAAAACAAAAUUAGGAGAAAACAGCUUGAGAAGAAACAAAAGAAGUUGCAAGCUGUCCAUGGGAAUGAAAUGAGCCCUCCCUGGAGGCCACCUGGCAAAGUCACAUAUUCUAAUAGUUACUGA